AUGGAAUUUACUUUUAACGCUUUUUAUACCUUGAUUGCUGCUGUCAUUGUUUUGUUACUUGGCCGCUUCUUGGUAAAUAAAAUUGGUUUCUUGAAACGCUACAACAUUCCUGAGCCUGUCGCAGGCGGUUUAGUUGCAGCGAUUAUCUCCUUGGUUGUGCAUAGUCUUUGGGGCUAUAGCAUCACGACCAGUAGCGAAUUGCAAACAAGUUUUAUGCUGAUUUUCUUCGCCUCAAUUGGCUUAAGUGCAAACUUUGCCAAAUUGCGUGAGGGUGGGAUCGGUCUGAUUAUUUUCUUGAUGGCUGUCGCUUCAUUUAUUGUGGUGCAAAACUUUGUCGGCAUUAGCCUUGCAACUUUAUUGGGCAUUGACCCACUUAUUGGUUUGAUUGCAGGUUCAAUUACCUUAACUGGUGGUCAUGGUACUGCGGGUGCUUGGGGUGAAAUUCUAGAAGUUAAACAUGGUAUCCAAGGUGCAUUAGCUUUGGGUAUGGCGAGUGCGACAUUUGGUUUGAUUAUUGGUGGUUUGAUUGGUGGUCCUUUAGCGAAGUUACUUAUUAACCGUUAUCAAUUGGCGACACCACGUACCAAUGAACAAAUUGAAAAGAGUGAUAACACGCCACUGACUGAUAUUAAUUCAACAGAAUAUGUACCGUUUGAAUAUCCACAUCGUGUGCGUUUAAUCACUGCGGAUAAUGCGAUUACCACAUUAGGUUUGUUUGCAGGCUGUUUGGCUUUUGCUGACUUUAUGACCGGCCAUAUGAAAGGCACAAUGCUUGAGUUACCGACUUUUGUUUGGGCGCUUGCAGGUGGUGUAAUUUUACGUAAUGUGUUGGAAGGUAUUUUCAAAGUUCAAAUCUUUGACCGUGCGAUUGAUGUAUUUGGUAAUGCAUCAUUGUCGUUGUACCUUGCGAUGGCUUUGCUUUCGUUGAAAUUAUGGCAAUUGGCUGACCUUGCAGGUCCGCUUGUGGUGAUUUUAGGUGCACAAACGAUUACGAUGGGCUUAUAUGCUGCAUUUGAUAUCGAGAUGAAUGAUCAAUUAAAUGAAACAUUACUCGGGUGGGUGAAUACACUGAAUGGACCUCUGUGGGACUUUUUGGUGAUUUUCCUUGUUGCGGUCGGUGUGUUUUACACCCUAAUUACGGGUGCAGUACAGGUUCGCUUAUUUUUGCACAGCAUCAAGGUCAUGAAAUCAAGCCGUAAGGAAUGUGAUGAUGAUCAUGGCAUUACACCUUUUCAGGCUUUUGUCACUGGGCUUGCAAGUCGUGUAGGUGUGGGUAAUGUCGCGGGCGUUGCGAUCGCAAUUGCGAUUGGUGGACCGGGUGCAGUAUUUUGGAUGUGGGUCACUGCAUUUUUAGGCAUGAGUUCGGCUUUUGUUGAGUCAUCUCUUGCACAGUUGUUUAAGGUGCGCGACCAAGAAAAUAAACAGUUCCGUGGUGGACCUGCCUACUAUAUUACCCAAGGCCUGAAACAAAAAUGGUUGGGUGUAGUCUUUGCUGUUGCGCUUAUUUCAACCUAUGGUUUUGUGUUUAACGCAGUACAAGCCAAUGCAAUUACAGGUGCAACAGCACAUGCAUGGGGAUGGGAUAAAGCCAAUCUAGCAUUUGAACUCGGUGGCAUACAUAUUGUGGUGUCUUGGGUUGGACUAGGUCUAGUCUUGCUGACCGCAAUGAUUAUCUUUGGUGGGAUCAAACGUAUUGCCAAAGUGGCAGAAAGUUUUGUGCCAUUGAUGGCCUUGUUGUAUCUGGCUGUUGCUUUAUAUAUCGCCGUAAUUAAUUACGCUAUUUUACCUGAUAUCUUCCAGCUCAUUUUCUCUAAAGCUUUUGAGUUUGAAGCUGCUGCUGGUGGUUUCUUUGGUGCGAUGGUUUCUAUGGCAAUGAUGAUGGGGAUUAAACGUGGUUUAUUCUCUAAUGAAGCAGGUAUGGGUUCAGCACCGAAUGCGGCAGCUGCAUCGGAUGUAAAGCACCCUGUAAACCAAGGUUUGGUACAAAUGCUCGGUGUAUUUGUGGAUACCUUCGUGGUGUGUUCAUGUACAGCGAUUAUUAUUUUGGCCUCAGGACUUUAUCAUGAUGCGGGCUUUGAAGGCGUAGCGCUCACCCAAAUGGCUUUAGAGAGCCAAAUUGGUUCUUGGGGUGAUGACUUCCUUGCAACGAUUUUGUUCAUGUUUGCCUUUUCAUCAGUCAUUGGUAACUAUGCCUAUGCUGAAGGGAAUGUGCAAUUUAUCAAUAACAAUGCCAAGGUGAUGUUCGUCUUCCGUAUCUUUGUUUUGAUUAUGGUGUAUCUGGGUUCAGUGAUGAGCGUGCCUCUCAUUUGGAACACUGCGGAUUUGUUCAUGGGCAUUAUGGCCACCAUUAACUUGUUUGCUAUUUUGCUGUUAACACCAUUCUUAUUGAUGCUGUUAAAAGACUAUUUGGCACAGCUGAAACAAGGUGUGAAAGAGCCAGUGUUUAAAUUGGAUAACCAUCCUAAAUUUAAAGACAAAGUGAAAUCAGACAUU